AUGUUUACAAAUCGAUGUUUACGAUCAGUUUAUGUCAAUAUCCAAUGGAGGAUUCCGAUAAUCAGACGUUACAGUAAUUUGGAUUUAGAAAUGAAAAGAUUAAACGAUGAAAAACGGUACAAAGAAGCACUCACGUUAUUCGUUGAACAUGAACAAAAAGGUCAGUGUGCGAUAUCCGAUAUAGCUAUAAAUCAAGCGUUGAAAUCCUCCACGAACAUGAAAGAUUUUUCGAGUGGACUGAAAAUUUCUAGUCGAUAUUCAUCUCGUAUUGAGAAGAAUUCCUUUAUACAAGCAUCGCUUAUUCAUUUUUACAUGCAAUUUGGCGAUAUCAAUCGUGCUCGGGAAAUCUUUCGUCAAUCAGAAAAUAAAACAAAAGCUGUUUAUGGAGCAUUGAUGCGAGGUAAAAGAUUUCUUUUGUAUGAAUUUUUAUUGAUUAGCAACGUAGGUUUUAUAAAAAACAACAUGUUCCAGGAGGCAGUCGAUCUGUUCUCUGAAAUUAUCAAUCCAGAUGAAAUGAACAUUAUGCUUUUUCUUAAUGCUUGCUCGGGAAUUGCUACAAAAGAAACACUGGUUACCAUUGAUAAAGUUUUAUCAAAUAUUCCCAAUCGUUAUCGUGAAAGUAAACAGAUUUUAAUUGCAGCUUAUGACGCAUUCAUUAAAUGUGGUGACUUACCAAAAGCCGAGAAACUCUUUCCUAAAAUCGAACGAACUGUGAGAAGUUAUGGCAAUUUAAUGAAUGCAUAUAACAAUAACGAACAACCAGAGAAAACAUUCGAACUAUAUAAACUCAUGAAAACCGAUGGUAUCAAAGCCAAUUUCUUGAUCUAUGUCUUUUUGUUGAACGCAUGUGCUAACCUUGGAGUCUUAUCAACAUCUCAGUCUAUCUACGAACAAAUUCCAAAGACCUUUCUUGAUCAUCCCUAUGUUCAAACCGCAUUAAUCGAUAUGUGGGGUAAAUCAAGUUGUAUAGAUAAAGCGAAAAAUACGUUUGAAUCAAUAAUUGAACCAGAUACGAGUACAUACACGUCAAUGAUCAAUGUUUAUGGCUUAAAUGGAAUGGCUCUUCAAGCAGUUGAACUCUUUCGACGGAUGCCAUCAGAAUUAGUCACAGAAGCAACUUACAUUUGCGUUUUGAAUGCAUGUUCACAUUCUGGUCUUGUUAAUGAAGCUCAAGCAAUAUUUUCAACUAUCAAAACCAAAACCGAACACAUCUAUGCUACGAUGGUCGAUUGUUUCAGUCGUUUAUCUUUAUUUGACGAAGCACAAGAACUCGUUGAUGUCUAUGAAUCGUGUCAUUCUCCAUCCUCAUCUAUGCUUAUGGCAUUACUCUCUGGUGCUCGGAAUAGAAAUGACUGUUUUUUAGCAGAAAAAAUCUUCAAUCGUAUUCAACACAAUUUUUCCCAAGAUCGAGAUUUAUUUAUAGCAGCUUCAGUUUUACUUGGUAAUAUUUAUGCAUCAACAGGUGAUUUAGACAAAGCGGCCGAAAUGAAGAAGAAGAUCUCCCAAACAGGCGUAAAGAAAAAAGUUGGCUUGGACAGAAGUGAAUGGUCAAAUAUUUGUAAAAAUUUCGAGCGCAUGAUCGAUCUCACCCUCGGAUCUGAUGAAAUUUAUGCGGAAGGUGAAAAGAUCUCUCGAGAACUCGUUUCACGUGGUCAUCAAUAUGAUUCCAGUUGGAUUACACGGGUUUUGGGUGAAAAUGAAACAACUGAAUCUGUUCUGUGUGGCCAUAGUGAACGUUUAGCAAUUGCAUGGAAUUUUGUUGUGAAUCCUCAUGCUUCAACAAUUCAGAUAACAAAAAAUCUUCGCGUUUGCGGAGAUUGCCAUCAAACAACGAAACGAAUUGCAUUGCUUCGUCAAUGUGAUAUUAUCGUUCGCGACGCAAAUCGAAUACAUCAUUUCUAUAAAACUGGACAAUGCUCAUGCAAUGAUCAUUUCUAA